GCCACCUACUUCUUUCGAUACAUUUUUCCGCUUAACUCUACGUCGCUGUAAACAGUGUAGCUCAUUAUUGCACGGUGGGUUGCUUUCUCUCAAGACUUGUCCGUUGGGUUCUUUCUGCGUGGUUUGAUCUCCCGAAAUCUCCCGUCUUUCUCUGGAUCUGAGCGAAAGAUCUUCCUCUGUUACCUCCCUGAACGUUUCGGUGGUUGAAUACGCUAAGUUAGAUCGAGACAGGAACAGGGUGGACGGUAUAAUUGUGCAGAGAAGAGGAACAGCAUGUGUUGGUUCACCCUUUCUGUUGACGUGUACCGAAAAGUCGUGCCCUUGAAUCUGUAUUGCCGGGUUAUUCUGUAAAUUGUUCUUCCUUGAACCCAAAAGCCUUUUCAUUCUUUCAGCCUUUCUCGUGUUUCUAAUCGCAUUUUCCAUGGGAUCCCAACUUUUCUUCGUGUUCCAUUGUGAUCUGUAUAGGAUCAGCUAAAGAUUCUUCACCAAAAGCUUGUUUUUUUUUCGAACCCGAUUCUGUCUUCUGUAGCUCCUCUAUCCGUAUAGGAGCCUGUAAACUUUUUAUUCAAGAAUUUGGGCAAAGUUAUGGUGUGCCAAGCAGCUGGUCAGACAAGAUUUCGAGCAUUGAAGUACGAGAACGGUGACCCGAGAAAACCAACAAUUGUAGUCAGAGUUAUUGCAUGCUUUCAACCGAUGGAUAAUUGUCAGGCCGAGUACUUCCGUCAUCUACUUAAACCGGUCACGUAGAUCGUUUGGAAGGUCUUCGUUUGUUAUUUUCAAGCUUGGAUUUUCAUUUGGCUUCGCUUUCUUUUUACUGUUGUCUCAAAGUACACGAGAAGUAUUGCACGGAGGGAAUUGAGCAAAAUCCAUAAUCGCUUUGUACUCUUGUCAGUUUCCCUUUCGCUUAAACUGCAAGAGCAUGCCCCUUGAUAUCAAGAAACAAGGAUGUUCGCCUUCGGGCAUAAUUCCUCAACCUUCCUUUCAGGAUAUUACUGCAGCAGGGUUGACCCGUCCUGCUAUUCCUGUUCCUCAGCUCGGGAAAGCUGAGCAUCAAGCUCGCUAUUUGCAGCCACCAUUCCAGGCAUUUGUUUCCAGCCGUGACCAGCAGGCUUGUCGUGAAAAACAGUUCACAUGUCUCCACGGGCUGUCUGGUUUUGCUGCACCGCACGAGGCAUUCAAGUCUUCCCAGAAAAGACUUCUGAUAUUUGUCCAGUCGGGAAACCAGACUCGUCUGUUACAAUGUGCACAUCCUCUGCAGUAUCCAUCUGCUGUGGCUGGAGAACCCGGUAGACUUUCUGAUUUGAACGGUCUGGAGAACAGGUUCAGAAAAGAUGAAUUUAUCCCGGAAAAGAUUGGUUUGGAUGAAGAUAUUAGUGAGAGCCACAUACAUGGUGAAGAGUCUGAAAUGCAUGAAGACACUGAAGAAAUCAAUGCACUGCUGUAUUCAGAUGAUGAUGAUGAUGAUGAUGGUGAUGAUUGCGAGAGUGAUGAUGAAGUAAUGAGCACUGGUCAUUCUCCUUUCCCAAUCGAAGAAGUGUGCAGUAAAAUAGGAUUCGAGGAAAUCAAUAGCAAUGGUGGUCCUCACAAGAGGCAGAAACUACUGGACGGUGGGUACUGCAACUCAUCAUCUCUCAUGGACGCUGUAAGUUCCACAGAUGACAAAAGAUGGGUCAAUGAUGAAAAUCUUCUCGGUUCAGACAGCUCGAGCAAACAGGAAACGGGUUCUGGUCUGAGCAACGAGCAGUCGAAGAAAGACAAAAUCCAGAAUGCCAUUAAAAUCCUAGAGAGCAUGGUCCCUGGUGCAAAAGGAAAGGAUGCCCUCGUGCUUCUGGACGAAGCCAUUGAUUACCUCAAGACAUUGAAGCAAAAUCUGAAACCUUUCGGGGUUAACCUCUGUUAAAACACUCCCCCACAAACAUUGUUGGUUAAAGAGGCGACAUGGCGCAAAAGCUAAUGGAUAAGGAGUAAAGAUUCUGCAGAUUAAGAUUAGAUUAACAAGGGUUUGAAAUAAUUAAGCGUCUGGUCGGGAUGUGGGGUCUGAUCCACAUGCCCGUUCUUGCCUGUCAAGAGCUAUAUAAGCUGUACAUAGUGGACUGCUUUAGGCAUGUUCAUCUGUAAAAAAAAGGUCACUUUCAGUGCUUGAAGUGGAAGAAAAGUGAGUGAAGAAGAACAGGUCGAGGUCGUCUUUCUCAUUGAUCGUCAAUGAUUAUAUUCUUGGCUUUUUCUCCUGAGAAUGGCUCUGUGGUGGGGGAAAAGGACAUGAAUGCGCAUGGUCUUAAUCUCUUAUCAAUAUGCCAACAACACUCUCUCAGUUUGGUAAAAGUCACUGACCCCACUUCUGUCUCCUCUCCUCAUCUGUUUUCCCUGUUCUCGUUUUCUUCUUCUCUCACUAUCUGCAUCAGUCUCUUGGAUCUGAAAGCUCAUCAAUGAGACUGCAAUGAUGGAGAAGGCCCUCCUGAGUGGGGUCCGCGUUUGAUGCUCUGCUGUUUUUUGUCGAUCUGAGUCAUGCUCUUGUGAUUAAUUAGUGUAAUAAUGGAACUGGAACUUCUUGUGUGUCUUGUUUUCUUGUGUUAUGUGUCUGUUUCGUUUUUUGUUGGAUUGUAACAGAUUGAUGCUAUAACGGUUCUGUGAUUUCACCUUCGUUCUAGUUCAUAUUAA